AUGCUUGUGAUAUUGAAUUCAUUCAACGGCGCCUCGCCACAACCUCAUAGAAAGCUGCCACUCGAUUCUUUACCCGCUCCUGUAGCUCCUGCCGAAACUAGCGUCAAGAAAAUCCGGAAGUAUCGUAGGCUGAUCCGCGUUGCCAUGUUGAUUCAAGGCAAGGGUGAAGAGAACUUCGGUGCCAUCGUUGACCUCUCUAACCACUCUAUCAACCUGUUUUUGACAGAGCCAAUGCAGUGUCUCGGUGACGUCUCCAGCAGGACACACUCAUACGACAUUGGCAUAACACACCAACUCGAUCGGGGAUCCGAGCAUAAUCGGUUAGAGAUGUGUAACCGAGAACUCAUGGCGCCGGAACUCUGGGACCAGGUUGACUGCGCCUUUGCUAGCCAGGAACGAGCGCGAGUAGGCUCCCUUGAAAACCCACAGAACUGCAGCAACCAAGGUGUCCUAUCUCGGACUGACAUCUGGGCAGAGAUGAAAAUGAACGACCGACAAAGGAAUCCGCCAAUCAGAUCAGACGUUUGGGGAGAGAUAUGUCAAUGGCAUCAGGACUCCGAUGAGGGAACAUCGUUGAGAGAGGAGAAGAAAACACGAAACAAGUCCUUUAUGUGGACCUUGCCGCGGUAUGUGAACGCUCAACGAUGGUCCAGGAAAACUCCGGUAGGCCGAAAGACAUGGAACGAAAUGAAACCCCGGAGCACCAGAAACAAUGGGAAUAAGCGAUUUCACGUCGCCACCCUUAGGCCAGAGAAUCCAGACAGCAAGGUGAUCUUGAAACAAGAAAGAAGUACCGGAAAAUGCCGCCAUCCUGAUCACCCUUCCAGUCCAGAAGUCCAAUCUUGGCGGGUCCAAAUCCAGGGCAUGAGAGCCCGCAAAACAAGGCACAGGGAGGAGCAAACUUGCUACCUCCCGAGAGGUGACGGCGCACCAGAGAUCCCGGAUUUUAAUUCGAGCCAGAAGGACGAUGAAGCCGACGCCGAAGGAAGUACAGAUCCAAUCCCAGGUCAUGAAGGGUGA